UGCAAAAUGGCGGUGAAUGCAAGCAUAAACACAGCUGCCUUUGACUGCCCGUCAUGGGCAGGAAAACCUCCACCUGGACUCCAUCUGGACGUGGUUAAAGGAGACAAAUUAGUAGAGAAGAAAAUAAAUAAAUCUGGUUUGGAAUGACAAGAAGAAGUUGAUUAUUGAUGAGAAGAAGUUCUAUCUGUUUGGGAGGAACCCAGACCAAUGUGAUUUUACGAUAGACCACCAGUCAUGCUCGCGUGUCCAUGCUGCACUGGUCUACCACAGACACCUUAAGAGGGUCUUUCUCAUCGACCUAGACAGCACCCAUGGCACAUUUCUGGGCAGAAUUCGCCUUGAGCCCAACAAACCUCAGCAGGUGCCCAUCGACUCGACCAUGUCGUUUGGGGCGUCCACACGAGUGUACACGCUGAGAGAGAAGCCUCAGACACAGAGCAGCUCGGCUGCAGGAGACAGUAAAGGAGUGGAGGAUGAGGAGCUGAAGGGAUUGCUGGGACUGCCAGAGGAAGAGACAGAGCUGGAGAACCUGACUGAAUUCAACACGGCUCAUAACAAACGCAUUUCUACACUCACCAUCGAGGAAGGAAACCUGGAGAUCCAGAGACCCAAGAGGAAAAGGAGAAGCUCAAGAGUGUCUUUUAGUGAAGAAGAGGAGAUCAUAAACCCAGAGGAUGUGGACCCAUCUGUAGGACGCUUCAGAAACAUGGUGCAGACAGCUGUUGUUCCUAUUAAGAAAAAGAAACUGGAAAGCCACAGCACGCUGGGAUUGGACGAAAGCGUAGCACGUCGGUUACAGAACUUCCCCCUCAGUGCUGGGCUCUACGGCGACCUGCCGCCCACCAGUCACGAGGCAGGCGGACAAGGGGGCGGAGGUCAGGGAGGAGGGGCAUCUGCCAUCAUGGGUGGGAUGCCUCUGCCCUUCCCCAACCCCGCGCCAGAGGUGGAUCUCUCACCCACAACAGUGCAGCCUCCCGCUAUGUUGAACCCCACCCCUGCUCCUGGACCCUAUUCGGCCGAGCCACUCAACGAGCCUCGCAAGAAAAAAUAUGCCAAGGAGGCGUGGCCUGGCAAAAAGCCCACCCCCUCCCUGCUGAUUUAACAUGCCGUUUCGCUACACAACGGGAUAAACACAACCAACAUAUGACAGAUUCGAAGAUUACAUCUUGGAGUUCAUUUGAAGUUAUUGGUUCCAAACUUUAUACUUGCAACAUUUCUGAUACAUACUUCAAAUACAUAAUUCUACCUGUGAGCGGUUGAGCGUACUAUGAGGGUUACUCGUGGUGUGGCGUCUGAAGUUGACACUAUAAACUCUGAUUGUAUCUGUCGGGGAGAGGGGAUAUCACAAAGAAAUAUUUAGUUAUAAUUCCACCCCACAAUUGGAAGGAAAAAAAUUCCGUAUU